GUUGGAACUACGGUUGCGCGAAUCGUAACUCGUGAAUCUUUCGAAUUUUCGUUUAAAAAAUCAUUUUUACGUGCUUUUAAUUAAGUACAACAGCGAAAAACCAUUUGGACAAAUCUUUUAUUCACUUUUAAGUAUACUUGACCAUUGGAGUAAUAUAUAUCUUCGUAAAAUUAAUCUUCUGUAAUCACUUGAAGACUUCAAUGGAAACAAAUUAUGAAGAUGAUGAUGAUACACAUUAUUGUAUCAAAUGUCAUUUGACGAUAAGUGGACUUGAUAAUUACGUUCAACAUCGUCAAGUUCGAUGUCGACCAACAGAAUCAAAAAGUGUAUCCUCUGAACCACCAUCAACUGAAGUUUCUUAUCCAGAGAUUCUCAAUGCUGAUGCAUUCUUCAGUUCAUUAGAGCUUCAAAGUAGUUCGAAAUCUAAGCAAAAUGUAACAAGAUUUCUUGAGCCAGAAAGAAAAUCUGACAGGCUCUUAGGGAAGCGGAAAAGAGCUAAAAAAUAUCAUGACAUUGAGGAAUCAAACUCGAAAGAGAAAUUAAUAUCACUGCCACCAGUUGUUACUGAUCUUGAUGAUCCCACUGAUCAUAUUGGCAUUCCUUCACUUGUUGGCUUCCCUGAUAUUGUUACUUUUACAGAAAAAUCAUCAGCCACAUCAACAAAGCUUCAGUCUACUACUGGUUCUAAACCUGUUGAUAAUGAUAAAAAACGAAAUGAAGAUCAUCGAGUUUGGUUGGAUGAUCUUGAGGACUAUGAUGCUAAUAAGGAAACUGUGUCAACUGCAGAUAGUGAUACUGAAUUUGCUUAUCAACCUGAUGAUGACUUAGAUGUUGAAAGUCCAGUGGAUGAUAUUGGUCAGGAUGACUCUUAUUCUGAGACUGAUUACCCAGAUGACCGAGAAUACCCUCCUCAAGCUCAUACUGGAGGUAAAUGGAAACCUGGUCAACUCGUUCAUCAUAUGACAGUAUCUAAUGAUGAUGAAUUGGAUCAAGAUGAUUAUCACCAUGAGAAUUUAGUCCCUCCACAUUCUGGAGGCAAAUGGAAACCUACUGAGCAGAAAGCUGAAGAAGAUGAGUCAGUUGAGGCUGAAAAGGAAGACGAAGACAAAGAAAGUGCAUUGAUGAAAAGUAGCAGACGACCACCCCUUGGCCAUACUCGUGGUAAAUGGAUUCCUGGAGCUUCAGUUACGUCGGAAGUUGAAUUGGGUUAUUGGUGUGCUCCUUGUGGCCGAAAGCUUGCGUCUAAAUUGGUUUACACUAGACACUUGCGCUCAGACUUACAUGCUCGACGGAGUAUUCAAGAGAUUGAGGGAGAUGUUAAAUUACCACGAUCAGUUGGUCCACUCUUACGCAAGAAAGAUCCCAGCAGACGUCAAAAAAUUCUUGCUAUUAAAAAGGCAGAAUCGAAGAAGAUUAUUGUGGAUAAUAAUAGGUCAACAAAACGGAAAAGAUGUCGAGAAAAGCAAAUUCUUCGGUGUGAAAUGUGUCACGCUCGUGUACAUCGUCCUCAGUUGGGCAAGCACCUGCUUUCUCACUACCACUGUCGUGUUGCUGGAUUAAAUCCCUGUAGUACAGCCGCACGACGUUUUAUCCUGGAAAACAUGGGUAAUGUUGUUCGCCAGUGCCCAUUUCAGUGCACAAGCUGUCGCUUUUACUGUAAUACUGAAGACACUUUUCUACGUCACUGGCGUUCCGAUCUUCAUAUUAAUUCAUGUAAUGAGGAUGAUAAAAAUUACACUUGUGUAUGUUGUGAUUAUUGGUGUCAGGGUGACACCAUAAUGGAAAAACAUUUAUUAAGUUUGGAACAUCGAGAAACAGUGGCCAUGAUUAAUAAUUCAGUACCAAUUAUAAUAAGAAGGCAGAGAUUUUUAUCAUGUGAAACCUGUAAUCGUCGUUUUCGGUAUAAUCUUCAACUUCGAUUACAUUCUAAAGAAACUGGUCAUCCAGAAAGUUGGACAGCAAGUAAUGAAUAUCAACGAAUAAUAAAAUGUACUUUAUGUCCUCAAAUUUUGCGAUCGCUGCUUGCAUUGCAGCGUCAUCAGUUAACCUGUCAUAAAUUGUCAAACACUAAAGAUGAAGUAUCAGCUCCAUACUUUUGCUCUUUCUGUUCAAUUAACUUUAAAACUGCUCAAGAUGCUGUGCUUCAUAGGAGGACAAUAAGUCACAAACAGAUUGUGAAAGAGUCCAAGUCUAAAUCAGAAGUCAUAUCGGUUGUAAAAGAGUGUAAAUAUUGUCAACAAAAAUUUAACAAUCUGUUGGAAUAUAAGCAACAUUUACUUCAAAAUCAUCCAGACUUUUGUCACAAGUGUUUGAAUUGUAAAAAGUACUUCGCUUUAUCUCAAGAUUUAACAAAACAUACUAAAUAUGAUAAAUGUCAAGAAAAUACUACAAAAAUGAGUGAACUAGAACUUAUUAGUACAGUUGACCAAAAAAAUUGUCCUGAAUGUUCAUUCGUUACAAAGUCUGAAGCAGAGUUUCUUUUUCAUCAAGCACUGCACGCCGGUAAUGUGGAGUUUCCUUCAAAACAAACGAAUUCUCGUAAAACUGCUAUGUUUCGUUGUCCCGUGUGCAAAAAAAUCUUCACGAAAACUUCUCUUCGUGCUCACAUUAGAAGUCAUACUGGUGAAAAACCUUACAGUUGUUCCAAAUGUUCUGAGUCUUUUUCAAAAAAAUCUUCAUUAAAUCUUCAUAUCAUCCAGUGCCAGUUAUAUGAGCUAAAUGAGAAGAAAGUACGUGAACGAAAGUACAUUUGUUUAGAUUGCAACACAGCUUUUUAUACAAAAAACAACUUACGACAGCAUAUGCUUCGACAUACUGGUAAAGAUUUCAAAUGUAGUUUUUCGGGUUGCCCAACUGUUCUUCGAACUGAAGCUGAACUGAAAAAUCAUCAAGCUCUAAUUCACUCUGAAAAAGAUACUCAUCGCAAGUUUCAAUGCAACGAAUGCUCUUAUGCAGCUAAAACUAAAACACAACUCCGCAGGCAUCAAAUUCGUCAUAAAAGUAUUGGCAACGAAAUUCAGCAACUGUCAUGUUCCUACAAAGGCUGUUGGUUCACGACAAGAUUUAGUUCCCACUUGAAACGACACGUUCGCUUACAUACCGGCACUAAGCCAUAUAAAUGUCCUCACUGUUCAUAUGCAAGCAACAAUAUAGAAAAUUUGCGUAAGCACGUUUUAUCAACGAAACUUCAUCCUGGAAAAACAAUUUAUGAGUGUGAUCAUUGCAAAAAGAAAAAGAAGGAUACAGCAGCAGUUUAUGUAACGAAUUUUUUAAAAGAAUUGCGUGCUCAUUUAAUAGAAGAACAUUCUGAGGAAUUCCCAACGCUUGGUCAUGCUAACAGUUAUGUUGCUGGAAUGUUUGGCAGUGAUGGACAAUCCACUCCGCACGAAUGACUCAAAAAAUUCACGGUAUAAAUCUUACGAUUUUUAAAUUCCAAAGAUAAUGACAGUUACCGGUUUAAGGUAAAAAAUAUUCAUGAAACAUCCAAGAAUUAUAGUGACAGUAAUUUUAUUAUAACUUUAAUACAACGUUGAUGAUGAUAAAAAUGAUUUAUUAAAAAUGAAAAUGGCAUAAAAGACAUGAUUCAUGCUAUAAAUUGUCAAAGAAAUAUAUGUGAGUUUAUGUUACUAGACAGUCACGAGUUGAGGUCGUAGAAGGUCUGUAGAGUGGUCGCGAAGGUCGCAAAAGUAAUACUAUAACGAGAGAUGCUUAAAUGUCCAAUACUAGGACCUACAGGUAGGCUGAUAGGUGUCGUAAGCCACACCAUACUCUUACCAACAGGACUUGCAUCCGGCGGGAUAAAAAAUUAAAGACAUAUCGAAGCGUAGUGUUGAAUGUCAAGUGUGAAGGAUAAUUUAUCGACUAAUUAACGAGGAUGUCCUUCAUUACGAGUUGAAACAGUCGAUGCACAAGUCUCUUUUUUUACCCUCAUGUAUUUUCACUGCUAAUUCUUUCCUUUUCUCAACUCCCCGUACUUGUGAAUAGUCUUCGACAUUAUUUAGCACCCGAAUAUUUACGACUAGCCAGUUUUCGGUCCUCAGAAUCAAGUCUUCUUUUACAUUUUUUUGC